AUGUACAACACACGGGCUGCUAACACCUAUUCGAGGGCCAGCUCUUAUCAAUGGAAUUACAAUGGUUACCAAGGCGAUAUGGCCCAAAUCUGGAAUGAGCCGGCUGCCCCGUACUCCCAACAACGACGAACAUUCAACGAGAACACCCAAGUUCAGCGGAUUUGGAGCGAAUCCUCGGACUCGCUGCUCAGUUUAGCCAAACGGGAUUCCAUUUGUAUGGUGGCAAAACAGGUAUGUUAUGAUUGAGUUAUGUUUUGGUGGUUUAGGAGGUUGGAUUCGGGAACAAAAAGGCGUUAUUUGAUUGAAAGAUCGAGAACUGCACGUUUUUGAGACUGCUGCACUUGUAGAUUGCCAUUUUUGGUGAACCAAAUUAGCGCUUAAGCACAAUCCCUUUUGAUAAUUCAUGUACAAUAUCGUUUUAAAAUCUUUAAAGACAAAUCCAAAAUCUACAAGUUUUUCCUCGCAAACUGAAAAUAGGUAUACCAAGCUGAAACAACAUAAAAUCAAACUUUUUAGUUAAAAACAACAGUGUCGAUGAACAAAAUGGACCGCCCAGAUUCCUUAAAGGGCUACCUAUGCAUUGCUCACAUCCAGGACGGCUACUGUGCUCAAGGCGAGUUCUGCAACAUGGCCCACAACGUGUUGGAGUUGGGUAAGCCGAUUCGAGAAAAGACCCGUUCCAAUUCGAACACGUCCGACUAUCACAGCGACGGGAACGAUACGCACAAGAAGUCGUUAUCACCACGGUCUAACUCCAGCUCAUAA